UAACCAUAGUGUUUCUUUGCUUUUUGGUCUAUCGCAUAGAAUCUUAUGUACUCCUGAUGCUUCAGACGUGCGAGCGGACAGACAUGGCUCACAAGAAGGAUAAGAAUAGUCUGCAGCUGGAGCGGACCGCGCUGGCUCCAGUGAAUCCUUGUGCUCAGAAUACUGCUCCGCUCUCCAGUCUCCUGGACAGUGGACUGGACGACAUCAAAGUCCCCAGCCUGCAGCCAUUGUCACCUAUCAGAACGCCUUCUAUUGUCCGGAUCACAAUUCAAAAGGAGCCUACACAGAGAGCGACGAGCCUGCUCAUAGACCAGCACGUCGACAAUCUGUCUAUUCCCGUGCUGGAACCCCAGAGAAAACAGCCGUUCGUCACCAUGAAACCACCAGUGCUUGUGCCGUGGGAUGGUACAAUCAAAUGGGCUAUCCGAGGAUCCAGUAUUUUUGAGACUACGGAUGAAGAACUCGACGCGUUGCUGUACCGCCCGAAUAUUGUCAGCAAGGAACCUCCAACUGAGCUCUGGAUGUUCCAGUUUGGCUUGCGCUAUAUCCCUGCUGAAGGUGACAGAGAUGUACACCGCGCCGUCACUAUUGAGAAUCUACCAUCAGAUGUGACCCUGCAGCAACUCUUACCUCUAGUUACCGGCGAAAUCUACUCAGCACACUUCCUCGAUACUGUAUCUAUCACGGGGUCAAACACUGCUUUCAUCGUCUUCGUUGCCCAGGCAGAUACUGUUGACUUUCUCAAAGAUUCCGGCGGUAGUCUUGCCCUGAGGACGACACAGGCUAAAGUGACCCUAGUCCCGACUCCAACUUAUCCUAUGGCGGCUAGUAUGGCACGGCUGGUUUUCGAAGAGGGUCAUACGCGGUGUGUCUGUAUAUCUGGUGUGCGGGAUACUUUGAAGGGAGAGAUUCGUCGGGUCUUGGGCCGGUCGCCGUUCUUGGAUCAUCUCGAACGGAUCGAGGACGGACAGGUGCUUGGGGAUGUCUAUGCUCGGUUUCACUCUAUCAAGGUGGCCACUGCCGCCUAUAACCUUCUGGAGAGUCAUCCGAGCUUCCAGAAGUGUAAACUCCGGUUUCUGGCAGCAAGACCUUUGGCGCGGCAACCUCGUAUCGGAAUUUGGGAUUGAAGAGCAGUCUCGUCUUUCCGCACGUCUGUACAGUAGCUAGCCUUUAUAUCGC